AUGGAUUCUCUUGUUGGUUAUGGAAGUGACGAUGACAACGAGACCGAGCGAUUCAGCCAUCACAGUUCGGUGGGUCAAGGUACGUGGAGUCAUGGUGGAAGUCGACGACGCGACGACGACACCAACUACGACGAUGUUAACAUGGACCUCAGUGAGCCCCGACACGAGUCGGAGCCGGAGCCCGAGCGGCCGCCGGCGGAGCACCCCUUGCGCCGGUGCCCGGAGCGCCCGGAGCGCUUGAAGAGGCCCAGCGCGCAGGAGCGGCCCGAGAACGCGGAGCGCUCCAACUCUGACGACAGCCGCGAGCGCAACCGCGACCGAGACCGAGACCACGAGCGCAGAGACCGGCGGCGCGAGUCCCCGCCCCGGUCGCGACCGGACCGCGAUCGCGGAGACCGAGGCGACCGGGAGAAGGAGCGUCGCUCGCCGCGCAGAGACAGGGACGAUCGCAACAGCAGGAACGACAGAUCGGAACGCAGCCGCGGGUCCACUGAGGGUACAACAACCCGUCGCGGUCUACUGGGCGAUAGGCCCGAAGAGAGGAGCAACGAUGUCAAGCAAGUUCCCGCGCUAAUGGACCUUAAACCUUUCGGGGGAGAACCGCCACCGGGAUAUGGGAGGUCUCAAGACGCCCGUGAUGCCGUAUCGCCCAGAUUUGUGGAGCGAGAGCGUCGCGACCGGGACAAGGACCGGGAGCGCGAUAGGGAGAGGCACAGCCGGCGCUCAGAGGAACGAAGAUCAUCCAGCAGUCGCCACAGAGAGCACAGGUCCAGAUCUCGUGGUGCCGCUUACCCGCCACCCCAAUCGCAACCAUCAAGUUCAAACGAGAGACGCGGCUCGCCCUCGUCUAAUGACUACAGGCCCUCGUCAUAUAAAGUCAACAAGAAGUUGGAGGUUAUGGAGAAAAUGGGUCUACAGAUCAAGACGCCAGAUGGUUCUAUGGCGACCGCUCAGCAACUACGCGCGGCUGCUAGCGAGACCCCGGCUAAUAGCGGUCUGCCUGCUUAUUUCAAUCCGGGCUCUCUCAGUACAAACAAAAUUAUGGAUCAGGUUCAAAAACGCAAACUGUUGUGGUCAAACAAGAACAAGUCUGAGGCGGAGGAGGCCGCAAAGUGGAGUGGCACGCGCUUCGCGCAGGACUCCGACGGGAAACAAGUGUCCAAAUUCAUGAGGCUUAUGGGUAUUAAAGAACCAGCCGCGAUCAAGCCCACAGCGCCCGACGCCACUGCGGACCCCAACAAGAAACAGGAGGAGCUGUUCCAGGCGAUGCAGGCGCAGUACGAAGUGGCGAGGGCGACUACGCACACGAUGCGCGGCGUGGGGUUAGGCUUCCAGCGGGGCCAAUUC